GCGCAGGGCUCCGCCCUGGGAGAAAGGCAGGCCGGCAGGGGUGGCCGGGGCCGGGCGGGGUGGCUGUCAGACCAAGGCCAGGCCCCCGCCUGCGGUGUCCGGGUGUCCUCAGCGGGGACGGGCACCCACCUGUGGCUGCAGGAAGAGGGGCCGGGCUGGAGGCUGCAGGAGGUGGCACCCGGACCCCGGCCUCGGAAAGAGAGUGAGGAGGCGUGGGCCUCUGGAGAAGCUGGGGUCUGGGCCAAUGAGGCUGAAGGUGAAGAUGUUCUUCCAAGGUCUUCCGGGCCGGCAGCCGGUGCCAGGGCCCCCCGACUUCCCUGCAAGCCCCGAGAAGCUGCCGUCCUCGUGGGAGGCAGAGUCGGAGGCCUCUGAGGACCCGGAGCUGCCGCUGGACGCUGAGGUCGCCGUGGACGCGGCCCCCCUGGAGAGGGAAGAGGAAGACCCUGAGAAGGGGAAAAAGAAGAAGAAGUCGAAAGGACUCCCCGACGUGCUCCACAUCUUCAACAAACGGUGGAAGAAGAAGGGAAAGCCCAGCGCGGCAGAGCCCCCGGGCCCGCCGCAGGCGGAGGUGCGCGCAGGGCAGGAUGGCCGGCUGCCCACAGUGGAGGAGCUGAAGGCGGACCUGGAGCAGGGGCGGCUGGAGGCGGCGGGGCCGCUGCUGGCGCUGGAGCGCGCGCUGGGCGCGGCGGCCUUGGAGGGCGCGAGCGCCGAGGAGCUGGUGCGGCGCCAGAGCAAGGUGGAGGCGCUGUACGCGCUGCUGCGCGACCAGGUGCUGGGCCUGCUGCGGCGGCCGCUGGAGGCGGCGCCCGAGCGGCUGCGCCAGGCGCUGGCCGUGCUGGCCGAGCAGGAGCGCGAGGACCGGCGCGCGGCGGAGGCCGGGCCCGGGCCCUCGGCGCUGGCGCCCACGCGCCCGCGGGGCUGGCUGCGCCUGUGGCGGCGGGACGUGGCGCGCGCCGCGGAGGAGCGCCUGGCCCGGCCGCCCGGCGAGGCCGCCGCCGGCCGCUCGGAGCUGGAGCGCGCCUUCCUGCACAUGGGCCGCACCAUGCGGGAGGACCUGGAGGCCGUGGUGGAGCGGCUGAAGCCCGUGUGCCCCGCCGAGCUGGGCGUCGUGGCCGCCUACGCCGAGAGCUACCACCAGCACCUGGCGGCCCAGCUGGGGGCCAUGGCGGAGUUCGAGCUGUGCGAGCGCGACACCUACAUGCUGCUGCUCUGGGUGCAGAACCUCUACCCCAACGACAUCAUCAACAGCCCCAAGCUGGCAGCCGAGCUGCAGGGGGCCAAACUGGGAAGCCUCUUGCCCCCCAGCCAGAUCCGGCUGCUGGAGGCCACGUUCCUGUCCAAUGAGGCGGCCAGCGUGCGGGAGCUGAUGGGCCGAGCCCUGGAGCUGGAGGCAAAGCGCUGGGCCCAGGACGAGGCCCCCCAGAGCCUGGACGGCCACUGCCACAGCGAGCUGGCCAUCGACGUCAUCCAGAUCCUCUCCCAGAGCCAGGCCAAGGCCGAGGGCAUCACCCUGGAGCUGGGCGCGCAGACCAGGCCGGUGCUGCAGGCCGAGCUGUUCAUGUUCCUGAGGAGCUACCAGCGCUCCUUUGAGGAAUUUCUGGAGAGAAGCAAACAUCUGACAAACUACAGGGCCAACGUCAUGGCCAACAUCAACAGCUGCCAGCUGUUCUGGUCGUCUGUGGAGAAGUGGCAGAUGCGCCAGGACGUCCCGAGCUACCUGCUGGCCCCGCUGAAGGAGCUCAAGGCUCGCGGCCUGGACGCCCUGCUCCAGGACCUGUUUGGGGCCCUGAAGCCGCUGUUCCGGCAGUUGACGCAGACGCGCUGGGCAACCCCGGAGCAGACCCUGGAGGGGAUCCUGGCCGCCGUGCAGGCCACGCUGCCGGGCUUCUCGGCGCUGCGUGGCUGCUUCCGCGAGGAGCUCAUGGAGGCUGUGCACCUGCACCUGGUCCGGGAGUACAUCGGCCGCCUCAGCAAGCGGCGCCUGGUGCUCAGGACGGCGGAGCAGCAGCAGCAGCUGGCCGGGCACAUCGAUGCCAACGCAGAGGCCAUCUGGGACUUCUGCACGCAGCACGGCUCCCACGCCGGCUGGCUGCGGCACGCCCUCCCCGCGCUGGCCGAGAUCAUUCGCCUGCAGGACCCCAACGCCAUCAAGAUCUCGGUGGCCGCUUAUGCCGCGCAGUAUCCCGACUUCAGCAAAGGGCACCUGAGCGCCAUCUUGGCCAUCAAGGGGAACCUGUCGAGCAGCGACGCCAGGAGCAUCCGGAGCAUCCUGGACGUCAGCGUCGGAGGGCAGGAGCCCUCCGUGCCCCUGUUCUCACUGAUAAAGGUCAGCUAGCUC